AAAUAACAGUCGUAGUUAAAACUAUUUAAAUCGAAUGAAGGUUUUGAACAAGCAAUGGAAUUUUAUCCUGGAAUAUCAAAUGGAAGACCAAAGAAUCCUGAUUAUUCCUUGACAACGGAAAGAUUGGCAACAUUCAAACCAUGGUCACCAAAAGGGAUCGUUAUUGAAGAACUCUCAAAGGCGGGAUUUUAUGCUACAGGACGCCAAGACUCGGUAAGAUGCUUCUUCUGCGGAGGAGGGAUGCAACACUGGCAACAGGAUGAUGAUCCUGGAUCGAACAUGCUAAACAUUUCCCAGAUUGUGACUAUUUGAAGCUAUGUAUAGGAGAAGAGUUUAUAAAAAGGGCACAGUAUGAGAAUGAAAAAGUAACACAGGAAUCUUCAUGCGAACACGUGAAAAAACGUCUUGUUCCUGAUCAGCUGAUAGAAGAUUUGAAUAGUAAUGCCUCCCUGCUUGUAAUGGACAAAGGGUAUAGGCAAGAGGAUGUUGAACAGGCGAUUGAAAGAGCAAGAGAAAUGCACGGUAGCGGGGAUUUAAGAGCACACUUUAUUCUCGAGGCUCUACUUGAAAACGAGACGUUUACCACGCCAUGUAGCAAAGACGCAUUUUCUUCUUCACGGCCGACCAACCAUAUGAGUUUGUCACAUGGCCACGCGGAACGACUAGAACAUGUUCCUGUCAGUGUGGGGGAUAGUUUCUCUGAGUCCCUUGGAGAAAAGACAUAUACUGAUGAUGCACUUGAUACUG